GCAUGGUAGAGCAUAGCACAGCAUAGCACAGUGCAGCAUUGCAUGGUAUGGCGUAGCAUGGCACAGCACAGCAUAGCACAACAUGGUAUAGCACGGCCUGGCAUAUAUAGCAUAGCCUGGCAUAGCAGAGCACAGCAUGGUUUAGCAUAGCAUAGGAUGGCAUAGCACAGCACAGCAUAACACAACACAGAGUGGCAUAGCACAACCUGGCACAGUGUAGUGCAGCCUGGCAUAGCAUAGCACAGCAUAGCAUGGCAUGGCACCAUGUGGGCUGGGGGUGGCUCUCCACCACUCAGGCUCAGCCUGGGUUCUGUUCUGCCCAGCCCUGUGCUCCAAGAGGGCUGUGAGGUUACAUCCUUUGGUGUUGCUGUGCACAUCAGACUUCCAGUGAGGCUCUAUCAGCACUACACACCCCAGCCAGCUCGGGGGUCACUCUGUGUAUGCAGACACCUGAGGGAAGGUGCAAAGCAGACAAAGCCAGGAUCUGCAGUGGUGCUCAGGACAAGGAAUCUAUUUGGAACGGCCUCUGGAAGCCAUAGCCCACUGCCACUAAUGACUAUGGACAGCAAGUGUGAAACUCUAAACCUUCAUACAGGGACACCUCCUUCAAGAGCGAGGUGACCAGCUGGUUGGUGAGCAGGCAGACACGUCUGGGUGCUGUUGCCAGGGUUGUUGAACACUCAGCAUGCGUGGAGGUGAUGUUGCAGAGCAGUCAGCCGUAUUAGGCUGGACCAGAAAAGAGCAGCAGUUGCCUCCUUUGUGUCCUGCUUGGUGAAGCUUCAUUUGGCCCUGAAACAGUUUGGGGCACCUCUGUGUCAAAUCUAGAGGCAGUCCAGGUGACAUGACACUGACAGAGCAAUGGAAGUCCACAGCUUGGCGGAUGACUUGGAGCUGUGGGGACGGAGGAAGGCAAAUGCAUGUGGAGUCUUCUUUGUCAUGAGGUUUCAGAAGGAUGGGAAGGAUUGAUGCUGUAAAAUCACAACACAUUUGAGGAGCAGAAUGCUCUGCCCAGGCUCAUUUUAAGGCUGAUCUGAUCGCCGUGAAAGGAUACAUCAAGGAUUUGGGAGGGCUCUUGGGGGCUGAAUUAGGACACUUUAACUGAGUAACUGAGCAUGGCAGCAGUGAAUCACUGCGGCCCGGCACACAGCAGAAUUUUUCUUGCCAUCAAAUUGCUAUGGCUCAGCGAAGCUGUGUGUGCUGUUUUCUCCCCACAAUGGCUCCACAUUCUCUCUAUGUCUGCUCUGGUGUCAGGAAGUUUGUGAGCGCUGCGUUAGUAUUUCUGAUUCAUUGCAUCAGCUCCCUUUAUCACCACCACCACCCAUGGACACAAUUCCUCUUGGAGCAUCACAGACCUCAAAACUGAGAAGCUGCUGUAAAAACCUGCAGCAAAACUCUGUGUCACACCUGCUAAAAUAACCCAGCAGACUGAGUGGAGCGCUGGGUGCAACAGCAGGAUCUAUUUCCAAGUGAUCCUUAUCAGCCCUGUGUGCAAGAAAGGAGUGCACCGCACCAUGUGUGCGUCAAGCAAUGUCAUCAAGCUGCAGUGGAGAUGGAGUGUCCAGCUCCAGGUGAGCUGUGAGAAAGAGAACCUCUCCUGGUGUCUUUCGGCAGUUGUGCAGUGCUGAGCUGGAGACUGGAACAGCAUGGGCCCCAGGGCUGGCAGCUGGCACCGAGCUGCUGGCUCCAGUGGGCACUGCUUGGGAUCGUGUUUUUAAAGCACACACUGGAAACAUGGGAGAAGUGCAGCCACUGUGUUUUUUGAUCCAGACACGUAUGCCCAAGGGAACCUUUACUGGAUGACUACGCUUCAAACGACAUUGCUUUUCUCAUCUGCACGUGUGCAACAGACAGUGCCUGCAGGCAGGGGCGUCCCUAAGAAACAGCAGAAAGCUGAAGUCAUGUCUAAACAAGGAAAGGACUCGUAACUUUGGCAGAUUGAUCUGGACAUACCAGGAAAUACACUGAGAAACAAAGGGCAGCAGUAAUCUGCUCUAAAAAACACUGGGAAAACUGUAGGAGACAUAAAAUAAUAAGGGCUGAGAAGGGAUCAGGCUGGAGCAAUCCCGUGUGCUGCCUGCAUAUGGCUUCCCUACUUGGAAGCAGAGGUGUCCACAUCAGCUGUCUUCUUGCUGAGGCUGCAUCCCACAGAAUGAUGGGCGUGAAGGGGUUCUAUAAGAAACAGCAAUGGAAUAACAGCAAACCUUCAGCCUCGAUGGUAUUCACCCAAGAGCCAAGAGGGAGCUGACACAAUAAAGAGUUCAAUACCAGCUUAGGAGGGUCACUGUUGUUUCAAACCGUGGUGGUGUCAGAAAUUGAUGGAAGUCCCAGGUGGAAAUGUGAGGAGCUGCUGACAUCUGGCCUGAGCAGAUUGGCACAAUGUACCAUGAGUUACUGGAAACGUGUAUGAACAUAAUGUUGUGGGAAAGAGUUCCCAUGUGUUGUGUAUGAGGAAAUCGUGUCUUUCUCUGCCAGAGUUCUCCCAAAGAGUCAGCAAGUUUAUGCAGAGCAGAGAACCCGCUGGUAGUGCUUUGCAAAGGUGUUCAGAAAGACUCCUGGGCAGAGGUCUGAGGAAACUCACCUGAGGUCCAGGAGAAACCAAUAGAUUUUUCACAGCUAUAAAUCGUUAGAGAUGCCCCAUGAAUGGCUGGUGGGUUAACAGGCAAUGGCUUUGCAGCUUGGGAAUAGAAAGGCUGGUAGAAAAUGGGAGCAAGGGAUGUCCCUUCUGAUAUUGUCACCAGGAAGGGACUCAUAAUCCGUGUGAUGGAGUGCAAUUGAAGAUAUCCGCCUCCUUAACACCCACAGAAUUAUUUUCUUGUACCAAGACAUCUCACCCCACCUCUAAGCUCGCAGGCAGGCCAGGACAAGUGGUGUUGGAAGUCAUACUCGUGGGAUCGAGUGCACGGUGCGGAGUGUGAGCAACGAGCUGCUGGGCUGGGUGUCCUGCAGCGCCAGCAGUCCUGACUCAAGAGCAAGUUUUACAUCUCCCUGCUGAGUCCCAGAGCCUCUGCUGCCUUUGUCCACCACCUCGACCAGGAUGGGACUGUCGGAGAAGCUCUGGCACCACCAGUACUGGCUGCCACCCGGAGCCACCUGGGAAGACAUGAGGGAGUCUGCGGACACACACUACCCAAAGCCUCAGGACCUCUGGCUUUGCAUCCCCGGUGCUCUGCUCCUGAUCGUUGUCCGAUGCGUAUUUGAACGAACCAUAGCUCUGCCCCUGGGCAGGAGGCUGGGAGUGAGAGACAAGCAGAGGCCCAAAGCUCAGCCCAGUGCCACACUGGAAGGCUUCUACAAGCUGCUGGGCAGGAUCCCAAAGGAGGAGGACCUGAUUUCAGUGGCCAAGCAAAGCGGCCUGCCAGUCAGAGCAGUGCAGACCUGGUUCCGGCACCGGCGGGCCCAGGACCAUCCCAGACUUACAAAGAGGUUCUGUGAGGCGAGCUGGAGAUUCACAUUCUAUUUCACAUCAUUCUUCUCUGGGGUGGCUCUCCUAUACGAUAAGCCAUGGGUUUGGGAUCACACUGUGUGCUGGCUGAAAUAUCCACAACAGCCUCUCCUACCCACGCUGGGCUGGUUCUACCUGCUGGAGCUCUCCUUUUACUGGUCGCUGGUCAUCACCCUGCCCUUCGAUGUGAAGAGGAAGGACUUCAAGGAACAGAUCAUCCACCACAUUGCCACCAUCACUCUGAUCUUUGUAUCCUACUGUGCCAACCUGAUACGGCUUGGGGUGAUGAUCAUGCUGGUUCAUGAUGCCUCUGAUUACCUUCUAGAGCUGGCCAAGGUUCUCCAUUACAUGAAAUGGAAGCGGGUCUGUGAAGCCGUCUUUAUAGUUUUUGCUGUGGUGUUCAUCAGCUCCCGCCUUGUCAUUUUCCCACUAAUCACAUACUAUUACUACAUGACAAAAUUUGAGAUGUUCUUCCUAAGCUGCCUGAUAAAUGCUUUCCUGAUGGUCCUGCAGCUGUUGCACAUUUUCUGGUCCUAUCUAAUCCUCCGGAUGAUCUUUGGUGUCAUCCUGUAUGGUGCGAAAAAAAAAGAUGCAAGAAGUGACACUGAGGAAAGCGAUGGGAGCGAAGCAGAGGAUGCGGCAAAGAACGAGUAGCGCGAGUUCGUUAUCAAACACCAAGUGCCAGAGAGAAUCUUAAAAGUACAGAGGCUGAAUAGGACCCGGAGGAAGAGGCCAGACAGACUCAUAAAUCCCCCCACAGUGAUACACACAAAGCACCAUCU